AUGUUGAACGGUGAAACCAAUUUGCAAGAGCAUGACGAAGCCGAUACUGUUUUAUCCAGUUUACAUGCAUUAAAUCUGGGGAGUGCAUUUGAAUGUGAACUGGAAAAAUGUUUUCAAUUACACCCGGACCUGGAUUUUGACGAGACACUCAACUCCCAUAACACAGUCCACCAGACACACGCUCCUGGAUGUUUGCGGCUCAUGUUGGAUUUUCUACCUGCGAUUGACCCGUUUGAUUGGCGCACGAGCACUCUUUUUCGCGAAUUCAUUAAUUCUUUGAGUUUGGAUUCAGAACAAAAGCCGAAUGGAUUGAACCUUGAUUUGCCGGAGGACGAGGACCUUGCCUUUGCUUUUGAUCAUCACUCACUUAUAACAUCUCAGCUUCCAGAUACAUACGAUGAUGAAAAUGAGCCCAUCAAAACAGCAGAGGAAGUGAUUCGUGAAAUCGACUUGAUUAUGGGACAUGAUGAAGACAUCCUUCUUCCUUCGUUUGGAGAGCCAUCCCCUAACGGCGAUGCGCCCCUCUCCGGCGUAGCCAUUGAUGCAAGUCCGAUUUCUGAAUCAGAUCUAGAAAAUCUAUCCCUGAAUCAAUUGAACGCGUUGUUGGAAGAACUGGAAGCAUGUGUGCGGGAAUAUUCGGCCGUGUUGGUCCAAGAAUUAGCUUAUCGGGAAGAACUGGAUUUUGAGCAGGAACAAAAAGACAUAUUUAUUGCUCGUCUAGAUGAAAUGCUUCGUCGACUCGAAAGAAGGCGACGUCGCUGCAGUAUGCCUCCUAUCAGUAGUUCACUGAAUCCUACGGUGAUGGACACUGUCAAACCUUUUGACUAUGAACACGGGAACGACGAAUUCGAAGCGAGCGAUUUCAGUAGUCCGUCAGUAGUGGGUCACACUGACAGACCUGUUGGGGGACAAAAAUGUCCAGCUCCUGUACUCUCACGUGCACAAUCGGCUGCACACGCUGCUGUCGCCGCGGCUACCUCAGCCACAGCUCUACUGAAACGCCAAUGGCAUCGACUAAGUCGUGGUCCGGACGAACUGAAUAGCGUUGAGCAAAAUCUACUUUCGGAUCAGUGUCCCGUGAAUUCUGUCCGCAACCCUUACGAGCGAAUGGAUCUGCAUAACUCCCGUAUUUGUCGAAGCAAUAAUAGCUCUUCAGGCAAGUCUGCUCCCCAUCCUACAGUAAAUUCGUCAAGGGCUGCAACAAUUGUCCGCCUGCGCAAAUGGGCCAGUCGGAAAGCCAGUGAGGCUUUGAAUUCAGGAACCAGUGGUUCUUUUCGCGCACUCUUGCGCCGAACCGCGAAACGCGAUGCUGCUUCUGGGAUGGUCCCGAUGUGCAUACGAGAGGCACGUUCAGCGGUGACAACACCAACGUCAUCCCAAAUCGAAUUGCCCACCAUCCCACCUACACUCACUCACUCUGCGUCUGGCCAUCUUGUUGGAAAUCAGGAGAUUAGUGCAGACAUUCUUGAGUAUAAGAUUACCCGUGCCAGAAUGCUACCAAUGCAUCAUUACAUGGAUCGAUAUGCCCUGUAG